UAACCAGAAAACACAGGAGGUCACAGGCCAAAGAGCGCGUUUCCCAAAGCCUUCUUAUGCUUUUUUUCAGGAUCUUCGGCGGGAAUAUCAUCGCUUCUGAAGGCGAUGAAUGGAAGCGCCACAGGAAAGUUGCUGCACCACCCUUCUCUGAGCGCAACAAUCGCCUCGUGUGGGAUGAAACAGUGAAGAUUGCGAAUGUGUUUUUCGAGAACGUCUGGGGCCCGCAAAAAAAAAGGUUGUUCUUGACAAUGUCGUUCGGUCACUGA